AUGUUAUUGUUUAUAUUAUUAAUCAUUCAAAUAGUCAUUGGAAGUGUAUUACCUCCAUUUGAUACAUCAAUAUUAUCAAAUCCACAAAUUCCUAUAUUAUUAGUUGCAUGUAAAGAGUUUGAUGAAAAAUGUAAUCAAUUACAACGUAUUGUUAAUAGAACUCAAGUCAGUUUGGCAGAGGAAUUUCCAAAUUUAAUAAGUUCAGUAACUGAAUAUAAUGUUAUCGAGUCAUUUAAACCACAAAAUGAACCAAGUCUAUUCAUCUUAAGACCAAAUGAAAAACCAAUUGAAUAUACUGAAGCAUGGCAAACAUCAAUGGUUUUAAAUUGGGUAUUCCAAAUGAUGUUACCAAUUACAACAGAUGUUAAAACAAUGGAAGAAUUAGAUAAAAUAUUAAAUUCAGAAAUACCAAUUGUUGUUAUAUUAUUUACAUAUGAAAAGAAUAUUGAUAUAAUUAUGAAAUAUAAAGCAAUUGCUGAAAUACAGGGAAGUGAAGAAGUUUUAUUUGUAAGUGCUAUUGGUAAUGAAUUUAUUUCAAAAUUUAAUAAUAAAGAAUAUAAAGUUAAAAUUAGACAUAGAAUUGGAAAUCAAACACAUUUUUUUGAAUAUGAUAAUUCAACUGAUUUAAUUACAUUUAUAUCAAAUGGUAUAUUUCCACUUUAUUCAAUAUUUGAUCCAAUAUAUAUUCAUGAUAUUAAUAAUAGAUAUAUAUUAUGGGUAUUUUUUAAUCAAACAUUAAAUGAAGAAUAUGAUCAAUUAUUUAGUGAAAUAGCAAUAAAUUAUCAUAAUAAAAUGGUUGUUACUAAAUUUGAUAUUAAUUCUUUUCCAGAACAAUUACAAAAAUAUGGAUUAAAGACAGCACCAAGUAUUGCUAUUCUUCAUAAAAAUCAAAGAACAUCAUAUCCUUUUAAUGGAACAUUAACUAAAGAAUCUGUAAAUAAAUUUAUUCAUGAUGUAUUUAAUGGAAAAGUUAAACCAUAUUUACAAUCAAGAAAGAGAGAAGAUGUUGGAGAAGAUGAAAUAGUUUCAAAUGAUCUUCAAGAAUAUAUUCAUAAAGAUAAAUGUGUAGUUAUUAUUGGUUGUACAACUCAAUAUUUUAGAAAAGUUUGGGUUGAUCCAUUAAGAAAAAGACUUCCUAAUACUAAAACUUAUUUUAUGAAUUUAGAUGAAGAUGAAUUACCACCUGAAUAUGAUUUUGAUGAUCUUCCUAUUGUUUUAAUCUUUCCUGAAAAUAAAACAUUAAUUUCAAUUAAAGAUGGUAUACAAUUAAAUCAAGAUAUUAUUGCAGAAAAGGUUCUUGAAGUUUGUGGUGGUAUAGAUAAUGGACAUAUAGAAGUUAUUGAAGAAGGAUUGAAAGAACAAGAAUAUCAAGGACAAUAUGAUGAUUAUAUGAAAUCUUUAGGAUUAAGCAAUGCUGAUUUAGAAGAUAUUGAUGAUAUUGAAGAUGAAAGUAAUGAUAGUACUUUUGAAGAUUUAUUGAAACAAAUGAAUGAAGAUAAUUAUAAUGAAGAAAAUGAAUUCAAUGAUUCUGAAGAUUUUAAUAUUAAUGGAAUAGAAUCAAAUGAAGAUUUCCCUCAAAUCAAAGAAGAGCUCUAA